GAGGGAUCGCGUAGAGAAUAUGCCUUUGGAACCCCCAUGUUUCUUCACGUUUUCUUGUUUUUCUCUGUUAUAAGCACCUGACUGGCUUGCCUUUGUUUUUGCUUGUUCUUGAAGAGAAGGAGAGAACAUCAGCAUCGAAACAAAUCUUUUUAGGUUUUCUCGUUCAUCGUUUUCUUUCUAGAGAGACAGUAGAGAGAGAGAGAGAGAGGUAGAUUGAUGGCAAGGUGGGGCGCAGGCGCCCUUGUUACAGGGAUAGUCCUGCUCUUAAGCAUUCCAUAUGGGGCAUUCUCUGCCGGCUACGUCCGACCUCCUCCUCGUAGUCUCGUCUCCGUUCCUCACCUUCAUGGCAGCUCCCGACCACAACAGGUUCAUAUUUCAUUGGUGGGGAGUGAUCACAUGAGGGUGUCAUGGAUCACGGAAGACAAGCAUGCACCUUCAGUGGUAGAAUACGGGAAGAUCGCCGGAAAAUACAGCCGCUCGGCCACCGCAGAAGAUACGUCGUACCGUUACUUCUUCUACAGCUCCGGCAAGAUCCACCACGUGAAGAUUGGGCCGUUGGAUGCUGACACCACAUACUAUUACAGAUGCGGAGGCGAUGGGUCGGAACUCAGCUUCAAAACUCCACCCUCCGUCCUCCCCAUCACGUUUGCUAUCGUAGGUGAUCUAGGUCAAACAGAGUGGACGGCUUCAACUCUAGAGCACAUAAAGAAAUCAGACUACGAUGCACUGCUUCUUCCAGGAGACCUCUCUUAUGCAGACUGCCAGCAGCCUCUUUGGGACACAUUUGGAAGAUUGGUGGAACCCUUAGCCAGCAGCAGGCCAUGGAUGGUAACCCAAGGCAACCAUGAGAUCGAAACCAUUCCCAUACUCUUUAACCAUCCAUUCCUAUCAUACAAUGCCAGGUGGCGCAUGCCGUACGAAGAGUCGGGCUCGACCUCCAACCUCUACUAUUCAUUCGACGUCGCCGGCAUCCACGUCAUCAUGCUCGGAUCCUACACGGACUUCGACAGCCGCUCCUCGCAGUACACGUGGCUGGAAGCUGACUUGGCCAAGGUUGAUAGGGAGAAGACACCCUGGGUGAUUGUGUGCUUCCAUGCACCAUGGUACAACACAAACACUGCUCACCAAGGGGAAGGGGAGAGCAUGAGGAAGGCAAUGGAGGCCAUGCUCUACAAUGCACGUGUCGACAUGGUAUUCGCCGGCCACGUGCACUCGUAUGAGCGCUUCACAAGGAUUUAUGACAAUAAAGCUGACCCUUGUGGCCCAAUCUACGUGACAAUUGGGGAUGGAGGCAACAGAGAAGGCCUUGCUCUAAGUUUCAAGGAUCCCCAGUCCCCUCUCUCUCUCUUUCGGGAGUCGAGCUUCGGCCAUGGCCGUCUGAAGAUACUGAACAGCACGCAUGCUCACUGGGAAUGGCAUCGGAACAAGGACGCCGACUCGGACGUGGGAGAUGAGGUGUGGAUACAGAACCUCCGCGUCUGCGUGGGAGCAAGACAAGCUAAAGACGAACUGUAAAGCGCGAUCGGGAUCAAGUGAUGUGUGACCAAGAUCAUGAACUUGCCAGGUUCUACUGGUAGUUAAAACGUUCCAGUUCGUGAAAUGGUUGUUUUUCAUGUGGUGUCCAAAUGUUCAACUUUCAGAUAGCCAGUUCAGUGACGUCGUGGUUUAUUUCUCAGCUUCAUCGGAAAUGGUUGCUACCAAUUUUAUGAUACUUUUGUGAUAACCUCUUGUCGUGUCGUGUGUAUAAGCUAAUUAUCAGAAGCUCCCAAUUGUCAAUUGAAAUCGUAUUUUC